UUGACGUCUGACACGUUAUAGGUUACGUUAUUAUGUCAAUCUGAUACUUAUUUGUUUAAUUUAAUUAUCCCCGUUUACUUGCAAGAUUAAAGAUAAUGUUGUAAAGUUCCAGAUAGUGUUACUCGUAUGUAAUGAAGCGGUACGGGCAUGUCUUUGACAAAAAUAUCGGCCACGGCGGCUAACAUACUGCCAGAUUCGAGCCACGGAACUGGCGAUAAUGCUAUCGACGAGACCAAUUCAAAUUGCUCCACAGAUAGCGACAACAACGAGGAGACAUCGAGGCCUACUCUCGAGUUUCAAGAGCUUAAUGAAAACGAUAUUCCCACUUUUGCUAUAAGAAUGUUAAAUUUGUGUAGAGAAAUUGCCAUUGUUUGCCUUCUGAUGAUAACAUAUGCCGCGCUCACCAAAGACCCACCAAAAAUUUCUAAAGCCCCAGCCGCUUACCCAUUCUUUCCUAAAGAUUCGAUCAUUACUGAUUGGUACCGAGGCCAAAUAAGCAAAGCCAUAGAACAUGCCAGGUCAUCAGACAUAGCAUUUGUAAUGUUUUACGCUCCAUGGGACGCAGAGAGUCAAGCCGCACGACAAGAAUUUGAAGCCACGGCCAAGUAUAUAUCCGACUAUGUAACCUUUGUGGCGGUCAACUGCUGGCAGCCUAACAGCGAAUGCAGGAAUCAGUACAGCAAGGUAUAUAGGUGGCCGGUUCUGAUAGCCUAUCCAUCUCAUGGGAGAGGUGUGCAAUAUAACGGACCUGUUAGCGCCCCACAUAUGAUAAAUUUUCUACAGAAAGUAUGCAAUCCUAUUACAAGACUUAGUGAAGAACAUCCCAUAGAAUUCGAAGAUGCUUACUUAAUUGUGAAUGUGAAUACGUCUCCUGGAAGUCUGGAUUUUGCGGUUGUGUAUACGACCGCUCUAAAAUAUUUAGAGAAGGAUCCUCAACAGUCUAUAUCCUUCUACGUACAUCCUACUCCUGUUUCUGAACCUUUACUUUACCUUCACUUAUGGAAUGAGACCCUGGUUUACCCAGUCCAAGAAAAGGGUUGGAGACCUGACGAAAUAUUGCAGUGGCUUUUCAAAAGCUUCCAUCAGGUGACCGCUUGGGUGGCGCCAGUAGGCAGUAAGAGUCUUAUACUUUCCAAUAGCAUCCAAGAGGGACCCUCGCUUAUCUUGUUCACACCGAAGAAUCCUUUACAAAGCAUUACCGACUACUAUAAGAUGUUACAGGAAAUCGCUCAUAAGUAUUACAGCUGCGAAGAUAACUUGUUGAUCAGUUUACAUAACAUAAACGUCAAAUUGCAAAGAUCAGCUAACGUCCUGCGGUAUAACAACUUAAAAGUGAAGUGUUUGUCGGAGGAAGAUAUUUCAAAGAGGAAGAUAACUUCCCACCUGAAUCACCAUAUUUGGGCCAAUCAUUCCCACUGCCACCAAAAGCAGGGGAUUCGCAAGGAUUGCACACUUCAAAAUUAUAAAGUUAACGACUUUUGUUCCGACUUGCAACCUAACGAAUGCGUGGAAUUUGCUCCUAUGGGACCAGAGUACUUAGAGAAAAUUUGUGAGGGAAGAGUCGAAAGUAUUUUCAAAACUUCUAUGUUAACUGGUGAAAAUGACGAGAGAUCGCCUUCGAACUUGCUCAAGUUGUGGAAAAGGAGUAAGUGUAAAGAAUUUGUAUAUGCAGAAACCCUACAACCUGCGAUUUUCGAGAGGAAAAUUGGAGAUGAAAGAAAAGAUAACAUCAGUGGUUUAGCUUGCAGAACUAAUAAAAGUUUAACCUUCGUGGCUAUGGAUAGCUUAUUGUUCUACCACUUUGCUGAAAGACUCGGUAUUGACGUUACAAGUAGUAAAGAUAAGAGCGCCGUAGCCAUAAUAAAUGAAAAGAUGGAGUCUCAUUAUAUUUUGCAAGGACCUAUCAAUACUCUAACUUUAAGUGAGUUUAUUGUAAAGUUCACUAAUAACCAGCUAUCAAGAUCUCUUAAUUCUGUAACUACUCUUAAGAAUGCUCAAAAUUUAGCACCUAGAAGAAAAAAGGGGAAACUGGAAGAUAAGGCAAAAGUUUUCAUUGAGGAAUUAGAAACCGAUUCAUUUCUGCCAACCGUCUUACAAGAAGAUAAGGCUGUAAUUGUCUUCUAUUACUCGAAACAGUGCACAUUCUGCAGCGGAAUCUCCUACACGUUCCUUACAGUUGCCAAAAAGUUGUCGCAGGUCGAAAAUCUCCUUUUUGCCCGGAUCGACGGAGAUGUUAACAUCUUACCCUGGGAGUAUACCAUGGAUACCUAUCCCACCAUACUCUUCUUUCCAGCCAGAGAAAAAUCCGAGAGUAGGGUGUUUCCCAUUAAUAUUCCUGUGACUGUGCCCAAUCUCCUAGGAUUCAUCUUGACAAAUCUCGACCAGGCUAGGAAGUUACAGGCAAUGUGGGCAAUAUGCAGUCAAGUUAAGUUUGAAGAAGAAAAGUUGAAUUGCUUUACUUCGCUGCAAGGCGAGACAUUGGCGAUGAUCGACAGGACAUUAAAAGACUGGCGACGGUCCAACAAGCGGAAAAAACAGGUGCUCCUGCAUAGACUGAGGCACUUGCGCCAAUUGCACUUUUUAUUCGCUCACUCACCCCAGAAUCAUGUACCUGUAGAGAAUACCUUGAAGAAACUAAACCUGAAACCGAGUCACAGUAAAGAUUACAGCCUGAAAGACGAGCUGUGAUCUAUUUUGUUGUUGAUCGUGUGAUGGAGGAUGCCAAAUUUCAAAGUGCACUUAACGUUACGAGACAUUCCAAAUUCUUUCCCAAGUAGCUCCCGCUAGUUUGUAACCCCCGUUUAAUAAUUUUUAUUACUCAGUUAUCUAAUAAAACUGUGAUAAAAAAAAUUAUGUGAACUUUGUACAUACCUAAUUU